GGGGACCUGGAGAAGGGCAGUUGGUCACCCGCCACCCAGGAUCGGGGCCCCGGCAUUAUCUCGGGGCGAGCUCCGAGGAAGGGGCCCACCCUCCCUGUCCCCUCCCCCUGAGAUCGGCAGCGCGACAGGAGCUUCCGCCUCCUUCCCCGCCCCUCCGGACCUUCCCGGGGAGCAGAGGGCGGGUGUGGACAGUACCGAGGUGGAACGAAUUUUGGAGCUCAGACGGGUGGCCCGGGUGGCUUCGGGUUGGGGGGCACGCCCAGCUUGGAGAAGCCGGUGCAGGCGGAUGAAGCCGAAGCUCCUGGGUCUUGGUGGAUCCUGGUCUGAGCAUAGCUAUUCCCAGGGGAGGUGAGAGCCCGGGAAGCUACCCGCCGGAAAAAAGAUGCCUGCCUUCAACAGAUUGUUUCCCCUGGCUUCCCUCAUGCUCAUCUUCUGGGUCAGUGUCUGCGUCCCUGUGUGCGUGGAAGUACCCUCGGAGACGGAGGCCGUUCAGGGCAACCCCAUGAAGCUGCGCUGCAUUUCCUGCAUGAAGAGGGAGGAGGUGGAGGCCACCACAGUGGUGGAGUGGUUCUACAGGCCUGAGGGCGGUAAAGAUUUCCUUAUCUAUGAGUAUCGGAAUGGCCAGCAGGAGGUGGAGAGCCCUUUCCAGGGACGCCUGCAGUGGAACGGGAGCAAAGACUUGCAGGAUGUGUCCAUCACUGUGCUUAACGUCACUCUGAAUGACUCCGGCCUCUACACCUGCAACGUGUCCCGGGAAUUUGCUUUUGAGGCACACCGCCCCUUUGUGAAGACUACACGGCUGAUCCCCCUCCGAGUCACCGAGGAGGCUGGAGAGGACUUUACCUCUGUCGUCUCAGAGAUCAUGAUGUACAUCCUCCUGGUCUUCCUCACCUUGUGGCUGCUCAUUGAGAUGAUAUAUUGCUACAGGAAGGUCUCAAAGGCUGAAGAGGCAGCCCAAGAAAAUGCGUCUGACUACCUUGCCAUCCCAUCCGAGAACAAAGAGAGCUCGGCGGUACCAGUGGAGGAAUAG